GACGGUUCCUCAUAAACAGCUCGUCAACCACCUCGGUAGCUUGCUAGCCAACAUAGCCGAAAGAUUCAAGCUAUUUAUACGCUUUCGGUGUAUAUUACCUACUGUGUUUUAGACACAGUUCUGUUGUAUCUACUUCUUAACCUAUUUAAUUUAAUAUUACGUUAUUUUGUAUUAGCUAUAGUAGCUGGCUGGUUAAGUUAGCACUAGCCUAGUCGCUAAUGAUAGCUAGCUAGAUAACAUCCCCGAAAAUGAGCUCCCUAAACUACUCCCCUCCUGUUAAAGAAGCUCUGGGGCUGAACAUUGUCAUGAAAGAGGAGAAGGAAGAGGAGGAUGUCACAGUAAAACAACAAGUAGAUGGUGAGGCUGUUACAGUUAAUGAAGAGAAAGACGUUUCAGUGAAAGAAGAGGAUGCAGUUUUUGGAGUGAAGAAGGAAGGAGAGAUUGCUGUCACAUUGAAAGAUGAAGAGGAGGAGAUAGGAGAUCUGAUUAACACCAGAGAGAGACGGGACUAUUGUGGAUCUUCUGGGGAGCCUCAACAACAUCAUGAUGCUGACGAGGCAGAGAAAAGUCUCUCCAGAUCAGAACUCCUCAAGAAACACCAGCAGAGACCCACAGGGAAGAAAUCUAACUGCUGCUCUGAAUGUGGGAAAAGAUUCAACUCUUCAGUAGACCUUAAAUUACAUAAAAUAAUUCACAGUGGAGAGAAACCUUUUGGCUGUGAUCACUGUGGGAAGAGUUUUAUUCGGUUUCAAACCCUGAAAUCACACCAGAGAAUACACACUGGAGAGAUAUCUCAUAGCUGUAAUCAAUGUGGGAAGAGAUACUCUGAUAAAAGAUCUCUGAUUAAACAUCAGAAAAUACAUAAAGGAGUUGUUUCAUGAUACCAAUGAAAUAAUGUCACAAUAUAGAAUCUUUUAACAUUGUAGUAGGAGUAUUUUAAUGUCAUAAUGUAGAGGCCUAAUUGUUUUGCCCUAUUCAAUUGAUUUCAGCAUGAUAUGGAUAUUAGCCUCUGAGGGAAAAAGCCAGGCUCUGAAUUGAAAGAGUACUAUUUAUGAGAUUUAACAAAAAGUGAACAACACAAAAAGAGUUGUUACACUUACCACGUUGGUGACCGACUUGUAUCAAAACACAACACUUCAAAAUGUUUAGGUUUUCAAUAUAUCCCAACUGUUUCUGCAUAUUGGUUAUUGAUUUGAACACGUUAAAACUGUUUUUUGACAUUGACAUUUAGCAAAAUGUAAUUCAAAAGACGUUGAAAAUAAGACUAUGCCCGAAGUCCAAUAUAUGUUCGGUUCUAGUUGAAAGUGAAAGUUGAAAAGAUUUCGUUUUUUUUUUUUUCAAUGACUUGAAAACAACUUAAUUUCAAAGUACUUGGACGCAGUAUAAUAAAUUGGUCUAUAAUCAAUUUCAUUA